AUGUCUUUUCAUCCAGAUCUGUUCACAGCCACGAGGGGUCAGACAUUCACUUACCUCUUUGCUGUCUGUCCAUUUUCCAUAGCCUUUCUGGUGUUUAUCAAUUCCUCCAUUUCAUUCGUCGUCACCGAUCUCAUCGGGCUCCAUGAUGGCGAGGGAGACGCGGUCGGGACGUUAGGAUUUGCCGAUGAAUUGCUCGCGUUGGCUGCAUGUCCCAUAUGGGGAUUGCUCUCUGAUCGCAUUGGGGUUCGCUAUGUCUGCACGGUUGGCUAUGCCAUUGUAGCUCUCUCACUGGCCCUAUUUGUCCAAGCCAAGAAUGUCUACCCCCAGCUUCUUUUGGGGAGGCUGCUCUUCAGUCUUGGAGGUGCUGCCGUAUCAACCAUGGUUACUGCAGUGUUACCGGCAGUCACAGAUAGAACAGUUAGUGCGAGAACCCCCAGGACAUCCAAUUUAUCCACCUCCCCCCAUCGCGACAAUGUGUCCAGCCAGGAGGAGUCCAGGGAAACUACCCGCUCUCCUUCUUCGCGACUAGCCGGGUUUGUAGGCACCUGUGCUGGAUUCGGUGCCUUGAUAUCGCUGGCUCUUUUCCUUCCUCUUCCCGCCCGGUUUGAAAAAGCAGGGAUAUCUCCAUCCAAGGCCAUCCAGCUCAGCUAUUAUUUUGUGGGAGGUGUUGCUCUUUUAAUCAGUGUUUGGUGUUUUUUCGGUCUUCGCAACCUCCCUGGGGAGGAGAGAAAGGGAUGGAGAUCGCUUUUGCCAAAUUCUGAAUCUCAGUUGCCUGACACUGUCCGCGACAAUCAGUCCUGGCCCGUUGGCAAAACGGCACACCUGCCUUACUGGAAGCAAUUUAGCACCGCCGUGACAUUAGGGUUUCAAAACCGUAAUAUUGGCCUAGGCUAUGUCGGGGGUUUCGUCGCCCGAGCUUCGUCAGUUGGUAUUUCAUUAUUCAUUCCGCUCUUUGUCAACCACUUCUAUCGAGCAUCGGGUCUGUGCAACAAUGAUCCUGGCAGUGCGCCUGGCUCAGGUCUAGGUGACAUCAAACGCUCCUGUCCCAAGGCAUAUAUUUUAGCUUCUAUCCUCACGGGCGUGUCUCAGCUUGUUGCCUUGUUCACGGCCCCAGCGUUCGGUUUCCUGUCGGUUAAGUCUCGACGGUACCACCUACCUCUGCUGUCGGCGGCACUGGCGGGUGUUUUUGGCUAUACGGGGUUCGCGCUGCUACCGGAUCCUCGGUUUAAUGGUGCUGACGGCAACCCCGGUGUGUUCGUCGUGAUGGCUUUGAUCGGCGUUAGCCAGAUCGGUGCCAUUGUUUGCAGCCUGGCUGUACUGAGCAAUGGUAUCUUAACUGUCGGUUUAACCGGGGCAAGUUUAAAGGGCAAUUGUCGCUCCGAGUCCAAUGGCCAGGGAAACCCGGUAGGAGAAUACCCCAGACCCAGUGGGGAUAGAGAAUCUGGGGAGCAACAGCCUCUCCUAGGAGCCAGUGCCGGCUACAAGCAACAGCAACUGUCACAUCUGAAGGGGGCUAUUGCGGGCGUCUACUCCUUGUACGGGGGAGCUGGUAUCCUCGUACUUACAAAAUUAGGUGGCUUUUUGUUCGACAUGGUGACCCCGGACGUUCCAUUUUAUAUUAUGGCUGGUUUUAACGGCAUUCUACUUUUGGCAGGCAUCGUCUGUGGGCUCGUUGGCCGGUCCAACCUUGUUCCAAAUUGA